AUGAAUAGACCACGCAUCCUAUGCAAUGGCCUACGGCGCCUGGUCCGGAGCCCGACCGCGCGACGGAGCUACAUUACAAAGGCGGACAUUGACGGUGCCCGCCAGUACUGCGCAAAGGAAUUAGAAAAAGGCGACUACGAUGCACACCUCAUCCGCCGAUUCGCACACCCAGCGCAGGACAUGUACACAGCCCUGCGCGCGCUCAACCUCGAGCUCGUCCGCCUCCCCGACAUUGUGUCCAACCCGACCAUUGGCCUCAUGCGCAUCAAAUUUUGGCAAGAAUUGAUUGACAAGACAUUUGCCGGACAGCCGCCUCGCGAGCCCAUCUGCAUCCUGCUGCACCAGGCGCUGCUCUUCAUGGACCAGCACGCCGACGCCUCGAGCAAGAAGUCGAUCAAGUUUUGGAUCUCGCGCCUGAUCCGCACACGCGAAAAACACAUGGACAGCCGGCCGUUUACGAGCCUCGCCACGCUGGAAGACUACGCCGAGAAUACCUACUCGACCAUGAUGUACGCGACGCUGGCGAGCUUGGGCCUGCGCUCCAUGGAUGUCGACCACCUGGCAAGCCACGUCGGCAAGGCCUGCGGCAUCGUGGCCGUGCUGCGCGGCGUGCCGCUGCUCGCCGCGCCGCGAGCGCCCUCCAAGAUGCCGGGAGGCGAUCACGCGCCGACGCGAGAGCCCGCACUGCUGCUGCCCCUGGACAUCAUGGCCGAGGCGGGCGUCCAGGAAGAGGAGGUCUUCCGCCAGGGUCCCAACGCGCCGGGCCUUCAGGACGCCGUCUUUCAAGUCGCCACGCGCGCCAAUGACCACCUCAUCACAGCGCGGGAGAUGCUGAAGCGGCUGCGCGCCGGCGAGGACGCGGGCCACGACUUUGAGCACCAAGGCGAGGACGCGCACGUGUACGACGCCGACAGGGAGAGUGACCGCGCGAGGGACCUGCACCGUGGAUUCCGAGUCCUGCUGGAAGCGGCACCGGCGACGUACUUUCUCGAGAGGCUGGAACAGGCCAACUUUGACCCCUUCGCUAUGAAAGCAGCAGGUUGGAGGCUGCCCUGGCGGGUUUGGCAAACGCUGUCCAAGGAACAGCUGUAA